AUGCGCUCGUUCGUUCUUUCUUCGCUCUUUCUAUCGGUCUCUUUGCCCAGCGCCCUCGUUUCCGCUUGUCUUUACAAGCGUGCGGAUCCGUCCCUACCUUCGUACACUUAUAUUGGCGAAACCGGCCCUCUCCUCUGGCACAACUUGACUGUUGACGGCAAGAACUUUCCCUACCGCAAAUGUGCGACCGGGAAGCAGCAGUCGCCGAUCGACAUCACCGACUCGGUCCCUCUUGCCGAGGAUACCAGGACUACUUUCCCAUUCUCCGGGGAGUUCACCAUUGAGGAUAACGGCCACACCAUCGAGGUCACCCCUCAGAAGCCAGAUGACUACAAGUCCAUUCUCGGAGGCCAGGAGUAUAAAUUGAGUCAAUUCCAUUUCCAUAUUUCCAGCGAGCAUCUCCUGCGCCAUGAGACUUUACCCUUGGAAGUCCACUUUGUGCACACCAAGGUCGACGAUGACAAGAAGAUUGCUGUCAUUGGUAUCUUUUUCGACCUGGUGGACAUCGGAGCUGGGGACAUGCUGCUCCAGUCAAUCUUCCCGAAGCUCGAUGAUCUCGAAAAGCCCAAGCACCGCAGGAGGGGUGAGGAGAAGAGCGAAGAUUAUUUCAAGGUCCAGACGCACUCCAUAAACAACAUUGUCGACAACUCUCACGUCCGUAGCUACCCGGGAUCUUUGACGACACCUCCUUGCUCCGAGGAAGUCUCUUGGUACGUCGUUGAGGAACCCCUCAGCAUCACCGUCAAGCAGCUCAGCAAGAUGAGGAAGAUCAUGAAGUUCAACUCGCGCGUGACUCAAAACGACUACGCCAACCCACCCAGAGAGAACCUCCUUGCUCUUGGUCACUAGGCCAGGGAAACCGCCGCUUAAUAAUUAAUACUGUCACAUCCGCUUAUCUUGGAGGUGGAGAAGAAAAAAUUAAUGCAUGUAUGGGGAGGUAUUGGGUAAUCAGGAAUUAGAGCCAUUGUAUACAUUACCGGCUAUUGUUUUUGGAAUAUAAUUUUGGUUUUGGUUUUUUUUUUUGGUGUUUUUGCCUUUUCCCCCUUCCUUAUUGUAACCUAUCUCAAAUUCAUGCUCCCGAGAAUCAAACCGUCAUAACCGCAAAACCUUUUCCCUUUCUCUCCCUUUUCCCUCCCGCAAAAGUCUAAAAGUCAUAGAGUCUCUCUAUACUCUAGUCCUGUACCCACUUCAAUUAAUCUAUCCUAAACCCUGAA